AAGAACGUCCCCUCCAAGCACAAACCUUUUCUAUUUGCAUUCACUCUCUAUCUCAAGGGUUCUGGUCAGAAAUUUUACCUCUCUCUUGAAUAUCUGGAUGAUAAUUCCAAGCCCAAAGAGUUGAAAUAUAACAAAAGCAAGGGAGUUUUGAGUUAGACAGGGAGAUGAUGGAAGGUUCACACAAGAAAAAGCCUAAAAAACCCAACCUUUUGGCUGAGACUGUGUUUUCUUGGUCCCUUGAUAACAUUUUCAAUGAACGUCUCUUCAAGAACAAGGUGGAAAAGAUUCCUGAAUCAUUUCACUCUGUGGAGCAUUACCUCGGGUGUUAUCUGUAUCCUUUAUUGGAAGAAACAAGAGCGCAGGUCCAUGCAAGUAUGGAAACUAUUUACAGAGCACCAUUUGCUAAAGUAGUUGCUUUUGAAAAAGCGAAGCCAUAUGGAACAAAGCUAUAUGAUAUCAAGGUUGAUUAUUGGCGAAACAGGUUAAAUGACCGUGGCAAAGAGCCAUAUGAAACUUUGCCAGGUGAUCUUUUUGUUUUAGCAAAUGCUAAACCUGAAAGUUUUUCAGAUUUACAAAGGGUAGGGAGGUCAUGGGCUUUUGCAUCAGUCACUAAAGUCUCAGAAUAUGAGAACGAGGAUGAAAGUACUUCUCUUGAUUUUAAAAUCAAGGCUUCCAAAGAACUUGAAGUUGUAAAGGGUUCGGCAUCACUGUUUAUGGUUUUUCUAGUGAACUUAAUCCCGAAUGGAAGAAUAUGGAAAGCUUUGCACAUGUCCAAAAACCUGAACAUUAUCAAGGAAGUUCUGUGCACUGAUUCUGUGGCUCAUGAAAAUCUCUGCUCUGAAAAGAAUAAUGACAUCGUGAAUAAGGGGUUAGUUCAGAGUUUAUCAUCUGGUCUGAAUGAAUCCCAAACCGGGACUGUUUUAGCCUGCCUUGAAAUGCUGCAUUGUCGUGAGAAGUCUUCUGUUGAACUAAUUUGGGGUCCUCCUGGUACUGGAAAAACUAAAACAAUUGCGACUCUACUUGUAACCUUGUUACAGAUGAAUUGUAGGACUCUUGUUUGUGCCCCAACAAAUGUUGCAAUAACUGAAGUUGCUUCUCGUGUUGUAAAGAUGUUGACUGAAGUAGAGUCCAGUUCUUUGUUUUGUUCUUUCGGAGAAGUUCUUCUAUUUGGGAAUAAGGAGCGACUCAGAGUUGGCUCAGAUAUUGAAGAGAUAUAUCUAGAUUACCGUCUCAAAAGGCUUGCCGAGUGCUUAGGACCACAGACUGGCUGGAGGCAUUGCUUUGCUUCCAUGAUAGAUUUUCUUGAAGAUUGUGUUUCUCACUACCAUAACUUUUUGGUAAAUGAGUUAACCAUAGAGAAGGAACCAAAGACCUUAGGUCAAAUGAAAGGAAAAGAAAGCAAGUGUGACACUCAAGUUGGCGAGGAGAAGUGCAAAUCAUUUCUGGAAUUUAUUAGAGACAGAUUUGUUUCUAAUGCAUCACCUCUAAGAAAUUGUAUUGCUAUCUUAUGUACCCACAUGGCGAAAAAUUACAUUUGUGGAGAUAAUGUCCAAAACAUGAUUAUGCUUAUCAACUUGGUUGAUUCCUUUGAAUCAUUGUUGUUUCAAGAUAAUGUUGCUUCUGAAGCACUUGAAGACAUUUUCUCUUGUUCUGACAUUGACGACAUAUGGGAGACAUAUGCUGAUAACUCAUUUCAUCUAUUCAUGAAUAGAAGAGAAUGCCUUAAAGUCUUGCACACUCUGUUUGACUCCCUUAGUGAACUUCACAUUCCGAAUUUUGUGAAGCAAGAGUCUCUAAUGGAAUUUUGUUUUCAAAAUGCCUCCUUGAUAUUUUGCACUGCAUCCAGCUCAUAUAAGUUGCAUAAAGUGGCAAUGGAGCCGUUGAACGUUGUUGUUAUUGAUGAAGCUGCACAAUUGAAAGAGUCUGAAUCAACAAUCCCCCUUCAACUAUGGGGUGUGAAGCAUGCUGUUCUAGUUGGGGAUGAAUGUCAGUUACCAGCUACAGUGAAGAGCAUUGUAUCUGAUGAAGCAGGUUUUGCAAGAAGUUUGUUCGAGAGGUUAAGCUCAUUUGGUCGCUCGAAACACCUUCUAAAUAUGCAAUACAGGAUGCAUCCAUCAAUAAGUUUCUUCCCAAAUUCUAGAUUCUACAAUAACAUGAUCCUGGAUGCUCCAAAUCUUAAAAGUAGAAGCCAGAAGAAACACUAUCUUAAAGGGUCAAUGUUUGGUCCUUAUUCUUUCAUCAACGUAAUUGGUGGACGAGAAGAGAAGGAUGAGGAUGGACGUAGUCGAAAGAAUAUGGUGGAGGUUGCUAUUGUUUCACAAAUACUGCGGAAUCUCUACAAAAAAUGGGUUGAAUCAAAGCAGAAACUCAGUAUUGGUAUAGUAUCUCCAUAUGCUGCUCAAGUAGUCGCAAUCGAGGACAAACUUGCACAGAAGUAUAACAAUCUUGAUGGCUUUACAGUGAAGGUAAAGACAGUUGACGGGUUCCAGGGUGGGGAAGAGGACAUCAUUAUAUUGUCCACUGUACGAUCCAAUUAUCAGCGGUCACUUGAGUUUGUUUCAAAACCGCAAAGAAUUAAUGUUGCUCUUACAAGGGCUAGGCACUGUCUAUGGAUUUUGGGGAGUGAAAAAAUUCUAUGUCAUAAUGAGUCUGUUUGGAAGGCCGUGGUCCUUGAUGCCAAAAAUCGCCAUUGCUUUUUUAAUGUGGAUGAAGACAAGGAUCUAGCCAAGGCCAUAUUGGAGGUUAAGAAACAGUACGACCAACUAGAUGAUUUGCUUGAUGCUGACAGUAUACUUUUCAGAAGUGCUAGAUGGAAGGUGCUUUUUAGUGAUAACUUUUUUAAGUCAUUCAAGAAACUGACGUCAGUCCGUUUGAAGAGGUCGGUACUAAAUGUUCUACUGAAGCUUGCCAGUGGCUGGAGACCAAAGAAGAAGAGUUCAGAAAUGAUUUGUGGUAGCUCUUCACUGAUCUUGAAGAAAUUUAAGGUUGAAAAUCUGUAUGUUGUUUGUACAACAGACAUUGCAAAGGACUCAAGAUACAUUCAAGUAUUGAAGAUUUGGGACAUAUUGCCUAUAGGGGAUGUCCCAACUUUGGUCAAUCGCCUGGACCGUAUAAUGAACAAAUAUACUGAUGCUUUCAUUAAUCUCUGCAAGGAGAAAUGUCUUGAGGGUGAUUUGGAAAUUCCAAAGAGCUGGCCACCUUCUUUGGAAUUUUUUCGGUUUAAGGAUCUUAGCUUCACUAAAAUCCAGAAUGAUUUUGUUGGUGACACAUGUGAUGGUAGAAGUUACGCUGAGAAUUCACGGGUCAGCGAAAGUUUGUUGCUGAUGAAGUUCUACUCAUUAUCAUCUGGGGUAGUAAACCACUUGCUGUCUGAUUGUGAGGGUAGAGAACUGGAUCUUCCAUUUGAAGUUACGGACCAAGAAAUGAAGAUUAUCCUUCAUCAUAGAAGUUCCUUCAUAGUUGGAAGGUCAGGAACUGGGAAAACCACUGUUUUAACAAUGAAAUUAUUUCAGAAAGAACAGUGGCACCAGUUGGCAGUGCAAGGAUGCUAUACUAGUCAAAGCAGCAAGAUUGAAAAGAGUUCAGCAGCUACUGAGGAGAAAGUUCUACACCAGCUUUUCGUUACAGUGAGUCCUAAGCUGUGUUAUGCCAUCAAGCAACAUGUCUUACACUUGAAAAGUUUUGCAUGUGGUGGAAGUCAUUCGACUGAAAGCAGUUUGAUUGAUAUGAUUGAUUUUGAUGAGGAUGAAGCUCAAUUCAACGAUAUCCAAGAUUCAUUUCAUGAAAUUCCUCCCCAUUCUUACCCUCUUUUCAUCACAUUUCAAAAGUUCUUGAUUAUGCUUGAUGGAACACUGAGCAACUCAUACUUUGAAAGAUUCCUUGAUGCAACUGAGCUUACUCAUGGUCAUCUACGGAAUUCAAGAUCAGCUGCCUUGCAGACUUUUAUAAGAACAAAGGAAGUCAGUUAUGAGAGGUUUAGUUCAUUAUACUGGCCGCAUUUUAAUACCGAUUUAACAAAGAGGCUUGAUGCUUCAAGAGUCUUUACAGAGAUUAUUUCCCAUAUAAAAGGUGGCUUGGGAGCUAUGGAAGCAUGUGAUGGUAAACUCAGUCGAGAGGAUUAUGUACAACUGUCAGAGAUCCGAGUUUCCAUUCUAACCAGGCAAGAGAGAGAAGUUAUAUAUGAUAUUUUUCAGAUGUAUGAAAAAAUGAAGAUGGAAAAUGGGGAAUUUGAUCUUGCUGAUUUUGUAAUUGAUCUUCACCAUCGACUGAUGCAUGAAAAGUAUGAGGGGGAUCAUAUGGACUUUGUUUAUGUUGAUGAGGUUCAAGAUCUAACAAUGAGUCAAAUUGCCUUGUUUAAACAUAUGUGCCACAAUGUUGAAGAUGGUUUUGUUUUUUCCGGUGACACUGCACAAACAAUUGCAAGGGGUAUUGAUUUCAGGUUUCAAGAAUUACGACAUCUAUUCUACAAGAAGUUUGUGUUGGAGUCAAGAACCAAUAAGCAUGAUGAAAGUAAGGAAAAAGGCCAAGUCUCAGAAAUUCUUCACUUGACUCAAAACUUUCGUACCCAUGAUGGAAUCCUCAAGCUAUCACAAAGCAUUAUUGACCUACUAUAUCAUUUCUUUCCCCUUUCCAUUGAUGUCUUAAAACCUGAAAGUAGUUUGAUAUUUGGGGAAGCUCCGGUAUUGCUUGAAUCUGAAGAAAAUGAAAAUGCAAUCGUAAAGAUUUUUGGAAAUACUGGGAAUAUAGUUGGAUUUGGUGCAGAGCAGGUAAUUUUGGUCCGAGAUGAUAGUGCUCGAAAAGAGAUAUCCAAAUUUAUAGGGAAGCAUGCUCUUGUUCUAACCAUUGUGGAGUGCAAGGGCCUUGAGUUUCAGGAUGUCCUCUUAUACAACUUUUUUGGCUCAUCACCUUCAAAAAACCAGUGGAGGGUUAUAUAUGAUUACAUGAAUGAACUAGAUUUACUCGACCACACUUUACCCAGGGGCUUUCCUGGUUUCGAUGUAGCCAAACACAAUAUCUUAUGCUCUGAACUGAAGCAACUGUAUGUGGCCGUUACUCGCACGAGACAGAGAUUGUGGAUUUGUGAAAAUAUGGAAGAGCUGUCCAAACCAAUGUUUGACUACUGGAAGAAGAAAUGUCUUGUGCAAGUUAAGCAACUGGAUGAUUCCCUUGCACAUGAAAUGCAAGUUGCAAGCAGUCCUGAGGAGUGGAAGUCACGUGGCAUUAAGCUAUAUCAUGAACACAACUACGAAAUGGCCACAAUGUGCUUUGAAAGAGCAGGUGACACUUACUGGGAAAGAAGGUCUAAAGCAGCUGGCCUUAAAGCACUUGCUGCCCACAUACGAACGUCAAAUCCUGAAGAUGCUAAAUCUAUUCUCAGGGAAGCUGCUGAAAUAUUUAACGCUAUAGGCAAGGCAGAUUCUGCUGCCAGAUGUUUUUCUGAUCUGGGGGAGUAUGAAAGAGCUGCUAGAAUAUAUUUGAAAUGUGGGGAGUCUGAACUGAAGAGAGCCGCGGAAUGUUUUUCUCUAGCAGGACGAUAUAAGGAGGCAGCAGAUGUCUAUGCUAAGGGUAAUUUUUUUGCAGAGUGUCUCACUAUUUGUGAAAAGGGAAAACUAUUUGAACUGGGUUUGCAGUACAUCAAUAACUGGAAACAGCAUGCAGAAGAGGACACUGCUAUGACUACUAGAGGAAAAGGAAUAAAUAGAAUGCAGCUUGAAUUUUUAGAGAGCUGUGCACUUCACUAUUAUGAUUUGAAUGAUAACAGAUCCAUGAUUAAGUUUAUUAAAGCUUUUCCUUCUAUAACUUUGGUGCGGGACUUUUUGAAGAGGUUGGAUAGCCUUGAUGAGCUUUUGUUGUUGGAGGAAGAAUUUGGAAAUUAUCUGGAAGCUGCAAACAUCGCACAGCUUAAAGGUGAAAUUCUACUUGAAUCUGAUUUCCUUGGAAAGGCAGGUAAAUUCAAAGAAGCCUCAUUGAAAAUAAUAUUCUACGUACUUGCCAUGUCUCUUUGGUCAUCUGGCAGCAAGGGCUGGCCUCUGAAGAAGUUUCCACAACAGGAGGCCCUCUUGGCAAAAGCCAAGUCACUUGCCAAGAAUGAGACAGACAACUUUCAUGAGUUGGUUUGCACUGAGGUUGAUAUUUUAUUAAAUAGGCAGGAUAACUUGGCUGUGUUGAAAAAUCAAUUGAAUUCUUCUCAGAGACAUCAGAGUAUCAGAGGGGAAGUUUUAUCUGCUCGAAAAAUUUUGGAUGCACAUCUCUCUCAAAGAACUGAUAAGUAUAUAUGGGAAAAAGAAUUGAUUGGUGAUCUUGUAAAGGAGUCAGAAGAGAAAAUAUCUAAAAAUCAGGUUUCCAUUGAUUCACUGGUUUACUUUUGGAAUUUUUGGAAGGAGAAGAUUCUUCACAUAUAUGAAUCUGUGCGAUGUUUGGAAACUCCAGAAUGCAAGGGAUAUGUAGAGUGUUGUUUAACUUGCUUAGGUGUGUGUAGGCUAUAUCAUGAUCUGAAUCCAGUCUAUGUGUUGCUCCUCCCUCGUGCUGAUUGGGUAAGAUGUCUGGAAAGAAGACAAUUCCUAAAUCAUGGGAAGUUGGUCUCCAUUGAUGGUCAGCAGCUCAUUUCAGCUGCUCGGAAAUAUUGGAGUUCAGAAAUGAUCUCUGUUGGAAUCAAGGUUUUGGAAAAGCUUGAAGCUCUUUACAAGUUCCCUGUCAAGAAUUCUGAUUCAGCCUUCUUCCAAAGCAAGUCUCUUACCUUGAUCUAUGAUGUUGCAGUGUAUCUUGUGGAUUCCAAAUGUCUGAAGCCUAAGCAUCAAGAUACCAUAACACUACAGAGGUUUGUAACUUUUUCAACUGAGAGUUUGGUGUCUUACAUGUUUCCUUUAGAUGGGAGGAACUCAUUGAGAGAGAGUAUGAUUUCUCUUAGAAGAACUGAUGCUUUAAAGAAUGCUCUGAGACAAGUAGUAUUUGAAUAUACCCGGUCAAAGAACAAGCCGUCUUUUGGGGAUAUUGGAAGGAUUGCAAUGAUCAUUCUCGGGACUGGUAAGCUGAACAGCGAACUAUAUGCUAAGCUUCUCAAAAAGCUAGACUCCCACUCAAAUUUGAGGGCCUUCAUUAUUUUUCUUUGCGAGACUUUUGGACGUGGGGAAAUUAUUUACGUGAGUAUUAUGUUGCCAUUCCGUAAGGAAGUUAAAGUCAACGGGAGGGUUAUUUAUGACUACAUGUCACCUGGUUGCUUCUUGUAUAUUCUGGAACGCCUUCUGAUUUGGGCAGCUCUUACUCAAGGUUAUGUUCUUACUACAAGUUCUUGCUUUAUUGAAUGGCUGAUAUCCCAGGAUGAAGAUAGCCGCUUAAAUUUCAUUGUGGAAGAAGAUCGAUCACCUUCUCUCGAAGGCAUCCUUGAACUUACGAUUAAUGACUGUAUAUCGGAAAAGAAGGAUAUGAUUGAAUGGCUUGAAAAGUCUGACAAAAACUGGAAGAAGCAUUAUCCGCUAUACAUCCUUCGAUUGGUUGUUCUGUUAUGUUUGCUUUAUGUGAACUUUGGUUCGUCUUUGGAUACACUCUUUGACUUUCUGGGGAGGAGCUAUGUCGCUGAGCAGUUGCCUUGUGACUUUGUUGACACCCUUAGGAGGGGGUGGAGUCAUGAUUCCCUUAGGAGGGGGAGGAGUCAUAAUUCUCCGAUUUCAAAUGUGAGUGCACUUUCUGCAGCUCUCAAGAAGGAUGAUAAUGAUUCGGUAUUUGCAAGUUUUAGGCAGGGUUGUAGUUGUACACCUCAUAAUUCUCUGAGUUCAAAUGUGAAUGCACUUGCUGCAGCUCUCAAGAAGGUUGAUAAUGAUUUGGUAAUUGCAAGUUUUAGGCGGGAUUGUUCAAAGUUAUGUUGUUCAGAUGCCAUCUUUAUUGACAUGACGGCCAACCAGUGCAAGGAUGACAUACUGAGAAAAAUUGUGUCCAAAGCAGCAGACUAGGCAGAAUGUGUCGAUACAUAACCUUUCAAGUCUGUUUAUGAAUUUCCAUUUCUAAUCCUUGAGGUGAAUGCGCCUAACCUAUCCAAUUUGGUUUUUGAAUCGCCAUUUCUAUCCAUAGGAUUUUCAUGUUUCUAAUAUUAAGAAAAGAGUAGAAACUAUCUGGCAUGUUUUAUUUGGAACUGUCUUUU